GUCGCCAGUGCCCUUGGUGAAAUUCAUCGUCGAUUCCUUCACAUCAAACCCUUUCUCCAUGUCGUCGCCCUCAUAUCCUUGACCUGAACCGCCUCAAUGCGUCGAGCAGCCGUUUUCGCUCUUCGUACUGCUCGACGCUCUGCAUUUCGCAAGCUCCUCCCUAAGUCGGUAUUAUCGUCGGCGAGCAAUGCAGCACCCGUAUCUGGCUACUCUUCUGCGGUCAUACGAAGAUACAGCACCUCUCGGCAGCCCUUGCAGGCUUCUAUGCGUCUCCCAAAAAUCCCAAUUGCCUUUGUCGGGACGCUUGGGGCCAUAGGCGCAUGGUACGCUUAUCGGGGUGAUGGCCCUGAACAACUGCUGCGAAAUCCGACUGCACCAUUUUCAGCCCAGCCGACGAGAAGUUUGAGCACAAAGCCAGACAUUGCCUCGCCAACAUCGGAGCCCACCAGUCCUGCUCCAGUAACUGCAGGUCACGAACCCAAUCGCAAGGCAUUGGUAGUAGACAACGACCAAUUUUUCACCGGUGCAAUUGUGGGCGAAGGACCAUUGGCAAAAGACACUGAUGAUUACGGGAGAAAAGUACUCGAGAUGAUGACCCCAGAGCAAGCAACGGAGAGGCUGCGGAAGAACGAACAAUCAUAUCUUGUUGGUCGAGGACGAGGCGUGGUCCGGUACGACGUUGUCCAACUGCCUAGCAAUGACCCCAUUGAGGAUGACCACUCCGAAAAGAUUGUAGAAGUUCCAAGCUCUGUCGCUGCGACAGAUGGAGCCGCUUCCUCAGACUGGAUGUUUUGGGGUGUUUUUGAUGGUCACUCCGGCUGGACGACUUCGGCCAAACUGCGUCAGGUGCUGAUCUCAUUUGCUGCACGCGAACUGAACAGCACCUACAAGGCCGCAUUAUCUGAUGCCAAAUCGCCAUUCCCUCCUCCUGCUGCCAUUGAUCAAGCAUUGAAGUCGGCCUUUAUCAAGUUGGACAACGAAAUCUGCCUUGACAGUGUCAGCAAGCUGAGCAAAAACCCUAGCAAACGCCUCGCCGCUGAAAUCCUCGCCCCCGCACUUUCUGGCUCAUGUGCCUUGCUCUCGUUCUAUGACUCUCGCAGUAAGACCCUGCGUGUGGCCUGCACUGGUGACAGCAGAGCGGUCCUCGGACGACGCAACACGCAAACCGGCAAAUGGUUCGCUACACCAUUGUCUGAGGAUCAAACCGGGUCCAACCCCAACGAGGAAGCACGGAUGCGCGCUGAACAUCCUGGUGAAGAGCACGUCAUUCGCGCCGGUCGUGUUCUGGGUAAUCUGGAACCCACCCGAGCCUUUGGCGACGCGUUCUAUAAAUGGUCACGCGACACACAGGACAAAGUCAAGAGGCAUUUCUUUGGCCGCACACCACAUCCACUGCUCAAGACGCCUCCGUACGUCACGGCUGAGCCCGUUGUAACCAGCACAUCUAUCGAGCCGUCUAAGGGUGAUUUCGUGGUGAUGGCGACCGAUGGCCUCUGGGAGAUGCUCACAAAUGAGGAAGUCGUUGGUCUUGUAGGUCAAUGGAUUGAGCAGCAGAACAAGCAAGCGAGUAAAUCAUCGAACAAUACCGCAUGGUUGACGAGCUGGUUCAAAUCUUCAUCUCCAGGUGCCCUCCCAGUCGAAAAAGGAGGAAAUAUGGACAAGACUGGACGCAUCGACAAUGGCAAGGCUGGAAGUGGAGAGAAACCAAUUCGCCAGCAACAGUGGGAUGUCAAGAGUGAGAAGAAUGGGCGCUUUGUGGUCGAGGAUAAGAACGCCGCAACACAUCUUGUCAGGAACGCACUCGGUGGGAAGGACCGAGACAUGGUGUGCGCGCUGUUGACGUUGCCGAGCCCGUACAGUCGACGAUACAGGGAUGAUCUGACGGUCGAAGUCAUUUUCUUCGGAGAAGGAGACAACACCGGUGCCGUCGUAGUCAAUUCGGAAGCUACGGCGCAGAACGGCGGAGAAGGUCUAAAGGCGAAGUUGUAACCAAUACAAUGAAGACUAGAGAUGUACUUCCAAUGGCGGUUAUGCUUUGGCGGCUCACACCGGUCACUCGACUAGCUGCGGGCAAUUGAAGCGAUUCAAAGAGUUGGAAGAUGGAACAACAAGCAAGCAUCGAGUGGAGUAGGUUUUGUACUGUUUACUUCGGUUCGAGUCUUGUCUUCUUUACUAAAUCAUUCCAGUCUAUGGUCAUGGGUAGAGGAGGGAGUAGGCAUGGCUAAGAUUGUAAGAGCUAAAAUCAAGGCUCAAUGCUAGCGAAAGUAACAUCAAAGAACUCAUAUUCCGUUCCAAAUCCAUCUUUUUAC